GAAUGGGAGGUGGAUGCCAUAAAGAGACUUCAAAUAUUAGGAGUAAUUGGUAGGUGGAAACAUUCUUCGACGUCAAAUGGCACGAAUAAAUCAAUUCAAACAUCUCCAUUAAAUAUAGAAAAUGAUUCGGGGAAAAAUAACAACACUCAAGAUGAAAUUGAAUUUUGGAAAGCUCCCAAUUCAAAUAAGUAUGCAGGUGUAGCUAUAUUUCAGAACGCGGGUGAAAAUAUCAGUUUUCAAUCAAUGUCGAGUAACACACCAACCGAUCGAAUCAGCACUUACGAAAAAACAUCUUUAUCAACGCCAUCACCUGAGACAGUGACUAGUGGCUCCAACAAUUGUUUAACCCCCACGAAUGGUGAACGAAUAUCAACACCAAGAAAACAAGAAAUCAACACAAACGAAUUGGUUUCGCUUCUCAAAGAUCACAUGGUUCGUCAAGAUAGAAGGUUGUUGGCAUCACAAAAAGAAAUCCAGUAUCUACGCACGACUUCUGGUCGCAGUACAAGUGACCUGCAAACUGUAACGGCCUUUGUCAAAACUUUGCAAAAAGAGAAUGAAAAUUUGAAAUCUCAGAUUCACUCUGCGACUCAAAUGGAAUUUGAAUCCUUGAGAAACAAU